UUGUUGAGACUAAUUACACAAUUUUUUCAAUUCUCCAUAACACAUAUUCAUGUCGAUUUUCUAAGGAACGAGGAACAAAGACUCGCAAUUCUAACACAAUGGAAACGCCAUUCGACAUCUUCUGUUUCGUUCUCUUCAUUCUCGAGGGGUUUCUUUCGCUUGCUCACGCUCAUAUCGCCUUAUCGUUUCGUGCACUACCAUUAAAAGACAUGGCACGAUUGCAAUACUUCUUUCUUUUCGCUACUCUGACAAUUGCUACAACUUCACAAGUCGUCGUCACCCAAUUUUGGAUGGCAGACACUUUUGUUAUGGCGCAUCAUUUAUAUUGCUACGUAACAUGGAAUUCGUCGAGUUACACGAAAAAGAUUAUUCACUGGAGCUCGCUCAACUGGACCGGGAGUCGCAUGAAAGUAUUACCGCUCUUUAUAGGCUCAUUGGGUCUCGUACUUCUUCACGGCCAUCACGCUUACCUGCUGGGAGAGCUGUUACACAUAAACUUGAUUAUUCUGGGAUUGGUUGGUGUUCAUUGUGCAGUGAUGGCAGUAAUGUACAACAAACAACUCGCUUGGGCAGCUCCAAGCAACGUUCCAGAAUGGAUUACAAAACGAGUUGAAGAUUCGAAAAGUAUUUUGUCGUCAAAUGUAAAAGAAGAUAAUACCAGUAGCUCAACGUCUAGCCGAUCUAAAAAAGCCAUGAAACAUAAUUAGUUGAUCUCUAAAAAAAAAUACACAGUAUUAAUAAUAA